UCCCAGUAAACUCGGCGACGCGCGCUCCUCCACGUGCACUCUCACACAGCGGGCAUCGAAGCUUUUACGUCAAGCCAGACAGGAAGAAGAAAGCAGAUCCGAUGGCACGAUAACCCAGGUCAGGUCCCGCAAUAAAUACAUGGACGCGCUAUCUUGUUUCGCAUCGAUCUAGAGCGGAUCUUAUGGCAUACAUCAGCCCGUCUUGCGCCAUCGCCCAUCUGAUCCACUGUGAACGAGAAUAAUUCGACGAGAGGGAAGGAGAUGAAAACCCGACAACGACCAUCACUGCUCGCCUUAUUGGCACUCCUGCUGUGCACAUUACACCAGGCAGCUGGGUCUCAUCGCGGCAGCUCAGCCUCAUCAUCAGCAUCCUCAUCAGAGGUGAGAGGCAGGGAGGAUGUGGGGACUGCCCCGAACUGGCUCAGACAGACUAACAUCAGCUCCAGUCAUGAUAGCAGGCCAUCACCAAAGCUUGGAGAAAUAACAGGCCAUGUGAAAAGCUUCAACACCAGCCGAGGCAAUAAUACUACUGUGAUAUUUGAAAGGUCUAUCAGGGCACUGAGCUGGAGCCCAGAGGAAGAGGUGUCACCAGUUUGUGCCUACCGAGUAAUGGAGGGAGGCAUUGGGGGGCAACUGUGUUUUCGACAUACACUGUUUGGGUACAGGUGUCAUAAGGGAGACUGCAGGACAUCUGUCUCUUUGGGGAAUCUGGUGGCAAAUAUUCUUAUUAACGGCAGUGUACUGUUACAGUGGACACAUGAGACGGAAUCCACAAUGACUGGCCAAGAUGUGAAGACUAAAGAGACAGCAGCUGGUCCGAUGAAGAGUGGGACAAAUUUAACAAAUGAGGAAGCUCGAUCAAGUAUUGUUGUAAGAGGCCGGCGACACAGACUUGGAGGCUUUGAGUUAAACUGCUGGUGGAACGGAAGCUACACUCAGUUUGAGUGCGCUGGUGUCCAUCUUGGAUCAGGCUGUAGGGACUUUCUCCUCACCGAGCUGCAUGAAAAUAUCCCAUACCGCAUCUGUCUACGCUCCCUGUCUCACCCAGAUCCAACGAAAAAGGGAGCGCAGCAGGACUGUGUGGAGUUCACACUGCCACCAUCUGGGAUGCAGGACAUCGUAAUUGCCAUGACAACGGUGGGAGGGGCUAUUUGCGUGAUGCUGGUCAUCAUCUGUUUGCUGGUGGCAUACAUCACAGAGAACAUCAUGAGCCCAACAACACAGCACACAUACUCUUACCGUACUCACUCACGUCACUGAUGCACUGUAAAUGACAUGGCCUACAUUUAACAGCCCUCAUGGUCAUAACUAAUCUCACAUUCACAGUCACCAACACUAACUUUUCAAUGUGAUAUACUUUUUCCUGUUAUGACCAGACUGAAGCACAAUCUACUGUGGAUCUGAAAAUAACAUGCCUUGUCAACCUCUGCGAGGGUGCACUAAACCAAAAUUACUGAUACACUGCAUUUAGUAAAUACAGUAGUUUACUGUGCUAUGUUUUUGUUAAGUGUUGUCUGUGAUUGAAUCUGUCAAUCUGCAAGCAGGCAGCAUUUAUACAGCAAUACAAGUGAUUAAAUGGCAGAAAUAACAACUAAAUGUGCAGCCUAUGAAAGUGUCCUUGUUGGGACACAUGAACAAAAAAACUUUACUGAAUUACACUUUUCCACUUAAAUCAUCAAGCCACUUUGCUUAUUAGGUCUGCAUACAGUGUGUGUUUGUAGCCUACCAUUUUGUGAAGGGCAAUACAAUCUAAUGUACAAUCUCUAAAUACUGUGCCACACAUAUUGAGUUAGAAUGUCUUUCUGUCCCGCUGUCAGUGAAUAAAGUACAAUGAGGCCAUUUUUAUUA